AUGGUGGAAACCCCUUUAGACCAUGCAGAGACCAACAAAGUUAGAGGAAGUCACCAAGAAAGACAAGAUAAAGUCGGCGGUGGAGGUUCUGGGAAAGUUUUGUCUUUCUCUGACUCCACUGUCUUGAGUAGGUCACUAGAUGAGUUAAUUCAGGCAUCCUUUGGAUCAAAAUUCUCAUUUGACAUCAAGGAAAUUGAUUAUCGUAACAAGAGAGGCGAAAUUCUAGUCUCGCUGUAUGAUCUGGAAAAUUACCUUCGAGAGUUUGUCGCAGAUUCUACUCUUUUUAGCGUCACUUGCAGCGAUGUUCAGAGAAUAUUUGUUUCUCUUGGAAAGUACUUGCUAGAUUUGAUAUCAGAAGCUGAGUGGAUAUCUCUGUCUAAAGGAUUUUCUUCCGUUUGCCUCUCGGCUUUCAAGUCCAUACCAGCGGACUUUCGGCAAAUUGCAAUUCAUGGGUAUUUAAUCUCGAUGGAAAAUGAUAAAGAAAGGCUAUUACACAGGAAGUUUUCGGAUUUGUACAACCUUGCUACAAAUGGUAUAAUGCAAUCUCAUUCUGGUGUCGAGGCACUAAAUGCAAUGGUAAAACUUUUGUUCCAAUUACCUCUGGAUUCAGAAUCGCUUCCUUUAUACUCUCACGGGAUUUGCGACACCCAGAAUUUUUACAAGUGUAAACUCCUAGCUUUCAAGGUGCUUAAUAUGUUAAUUUACCCAGGCGAACUCGGUGCAGAUGUUUCUUACAACGUCGAUUUGGAGAGUCUGAAAAGGCUGUUUUCCCGCUUCUAUAGACUAGCCAACGAUGUUAAAUGUGACAGGGAUAUUUUAUCAAAUCUUGGUAUAGCGCUUAUUGGAAUAGUCUACAUAGCCUCAAAGUCUAAUAGAACAAGUUUAGAUGUUGAACCAUUAUUUUCAGAGGUAACGGAUGUUGCAAACUUACCAAUGAGCACUUUUGAACAUGGUGAGUUCAAUGAUAUGGAAGGUAUGAAAGCAGAGGAACUAUUUUCUAAAGACAAAUUGUUUUCACUCUUUACUGCGUUGCAGCCUCUAUCUUUUGUUUAUUCUAUUCGGGGGAUAGUAAAGUAUUUGAAUCACUUUUACGGAGAAAAUAUUUUUGGCACAAAUAAAAAUAUGGAAAGUGUACAUGCUCCGUUGAAAAUCCUUUAUUCAGCCUAUGAGAUAUUCAAAAUAGCUGCUACAGAAUUCGUGAGAGUAGAUGUAAAUUAUGCAGCAUUGCAGGGACUCCAGUUGUUCAUUACAUUCAUAACUGCUGAUUCUUUUAAAGUUGGUGCAUUAAAAACCUGUUUAUCCACUCUUCCAGACAUUGUUUUAAAUUUUUGGUCUAGCAGAAUUAGGAGGAGCUCCCAUCUAUCGAUUUGUAUUUGGAAAAGAUUUCUGGAAAUAUUACACUCGAUAAAAAAUGCUAAUCUUCCAUUUGUGGAUGAAUAUAUCGAUAAUAUGUUUGACAAGUCCAUAAAUUAUUUUGGAGGGAACUUAAAAUUAAAGUACUUUGCAUUGCAAUACCUCCUCAGAUUCUCAGGUCCGUGUGAAGUAUUAAGCAAGGAACCUUUUAUAAUUCCACAUCUGUUGUGUUCCUUGUCAAAUCUAUCAAUUAAGGCAUCUUCCUUGUCACUACUCACGGAGCUCUUGUUAAGCAUAUAUCGUACAUUUAAAUCGUAUGAUCAUAAAAAUGGUACCGAUAUCGCUUAUAUCACAUUCAAGUGUUUUGUUUAUCCAGUUAUUAUUGCAAUUUUAAAUUUGCAAAAACUACAAAUUUCAGGACAAGAUGGUAGCAAGUUGGUCCCACAAAAAUGCACCAGUCACGCGGAUCUACAAGUGAGAGCUGAUCUUUUGGCGGAAUCUUUCAAGACAAUUUUUAGCAAAAUUGACAAAAAUUGUACCCUUGAGUUACUAAAGUUGUCAGCAUGUUUUUCUAAAUCCGAUUUCUAUCCCUAUUUGGUUGAGGAUGAAAAGAGGAUGCUGGAGCAUUCUGGAGAGUACAUAAUUUCUAACCGUGUAAAUUUGGAGGAGUUUUUUAAAGAGAUGAUGUUUGCUACAAGAAAAAAGAGUGUUGAUGCUGGAGACGAUAGGAUCGUCCAUCUGACUGGGCCUCUGAAAUUUUCAGAGAGCAUCUGCCUUUACAAUUUCAGAAUAAUUGAUCGCAUAGAGUUUGUUGACCUUUGUACAGAUGAUUUGAAAAUAAAGGGAAUUUUAAUAUGUUCCUUGUCUAGUCCAUCAAAGUUCCUUUUGGAAAACUUAAAGCAGGGCGAUUGUGAAGGUCUGUUUUACAUUUCCCUCGAUCGUUUUUACGCUGGGCUUUCUCAUGUUAACGAUGGCCUAAGAUUGAACUUGUUCAAAACUCUGGUAUCGUUGCCAAAAACAACAAAACGUGCGCAUGUGCUUGAAAUUCACUUGGUUUUGCACGCUUGUAAAGGUUUUAUGAAGACAACACUCCCUUCACUUCGACAAAAUUUUGUUGAAGCACUAAAACCAUUUAUAACUAGGCUUUAUACCAUAUUGGCUUCAAACAUUGAAAAAUUACAGGAAUUGAUGCAAACUGACCAUGGAAAAAUAAAAGAGUAUAUUCUAUACCUUGAUUCUGAUGUAGACGUUAGAGAAACAGAUGAUAUAGUGUUCCACUUUUUAUUCAUAUCUAUUCUCUUGGAGCGUAUGGUAGCAACUAUCCAUCCAUGCAGUUCCGAUUUUAAAAAUACCAUUGCACUUGAAAUCAUUUUGAUGGUUUACAAGAUAUUUUGUGUUACAGACUCUUCACUACCAUCAUUAAUUGGUCUCUUUGACAAGGAGAUUAUACUACCCCUAUUCUAUUCCCUUUUCUAUCUCUCUACAAAACAACAAGAACUGAUUUUCCAAAUUAUGAAGUUUAUCCCAUCAUUUCCCGCUAUCUCUUAUGUACAAUCUAGUACAGACAUUGACUAUAUUGUAACAAAGAGUGUUUCAUCAUUGUGGAGUGUUAGAACUUUGCGUUAUUGCUCUGGAUCCAAGGCUCUUGUAUUAUUGAUAAAUUAUGCUUUGGCUGGAACUUUGGGUGAUAAUUUUAAAAGGUUCACAAGUCUUGUAUUUUCUGACAACGUUAAUACUUCUGCAGCAUAUAUGGACUGGUUAUUAAGGGAGUUGGACUCUUACUACCAUGCCUUGUGCGGAGGCUCCGCGAACUAUUCGGGAGCAGUUUCUCCAGUGGGUGUACUUUCUUUGAUAUCACAAUUUAUUGAUUCCGUUUCCGGAGUACUUGCCAAAAAUCUUGAAGUUUUGCAAUUGAGUAGCACUUUGUUUGGCAAACUGGAGAAAAUAUCGGAAUACAUUCUAAGAUAUGUCGGAAAUACAAUUUCUGAUAAUGAGCAAGACAUCCAAAUCGAUUGUAGAGGCCACCUGGUAGUCAAAGAUACUGAUAAUCUUCCCCAAAAUAUCAAUGUAGCAGAAGAACCGACCAUUGAUUGCAAAUUAUGUUUAUCAAACCUCAAAUGUACUAUUGCAAAUUGUGACCUUACACCAAGAUUUGUGGAUCAAGACGAUUUUAAAACGCGUCCAUUCACAGUAAUGUGUUGGAAGACUAUUCAUGAAGUAUGUAAUUGUUUAAAGUCUCUGCUUAAACUGAUUUUGUCUCAAAUAUCAGAGGGGAAAAACAGCGAUGCAGGAGCAGGAGCCAAAACACUUGAGGUUUACAAAAUUAUUGAUAAGAUGGGGAAAUUCAUUUUACUUUCCUUGCUUCGUUCUAGACAUUUGGGCUGUACGGACUCAUUCUCUGAAAUCCUUACAUGGUUUUCUAAGAAGCUCAUGGCUUGCAAACUUCACAAUAUUCUCAACGGUUGGAUAGACAUAUUAUUGAGCCUUUUGAAGGGUGAACCAAUAAAUGAUCAUUUUGAUACUGAUGUGCCUGAUUUAUUACGGGAUUCCCAGAGACGCUCCGAACCUUUGGCACUAACAUUCACUUCAAUCCUUAGAGCUGAAACGGAUAGGCACCAACCAAUAUUGGUUCCUAAUGUUACGAAAACUUUGCUGGAAUUAUCAGGCUCCGAUUCUAUAGUAACGGUUUCUAGUUAUUAUAGCAGCUUGGAUGUUAGAAUUCAUGCUCUGAACAUUUUGAGAGCGAUUUAUAAAUGCAGUGAACUACGCGCAGUCAACUAUUUGAAUUGUGUUGCAACUUUGAAUGUUAGUUUAAAAAAUAUGAGACAUGAUAAUUGGUCCGUAAGGAACUCAUCAGCCCUUUUGUUUGCUUCAGUAUUACAGCAUAUCACUGGUCAUGAUAUAAAUGAUACUACCUCUGAUACAUUUACUAAAAUCAAGGACUCCAUGUGUAGUGAUGUAGAUUUUUAUGAACAAAUUAACCUAGUGUUGGAUCUUUUAAAACAAUCUAAUGACAGCUCCUUCCAAGAGUCUGAUACAAUAUUCCCAAUUUCAAAGUAUGCUUCAAUUUACCAAGGUUCUGCAUUUGUUUUAAAUUUGCUUACUAGAAUUGCAAUUUGCUCGUUUGUCACUGAUGAAUAUGGGUAUUUAUAUGAUAAUGUAAAGUUUGCUCUAACAUGUGAUAAUGCUUGUAUCCGCUUAAUGGCCGCAAACAUUUUAUCUAGGAACUAUUUUGAAAUAUCAGCAGUGAAUUUGAUGAAUAUGAUUCUUACCACAUCUUUUGAGAUGUGCAAGAAUGUGGAUGAUAGCAAUUACGUCAAUGGGUCUUUGCUUCUUAUCCAGGAGUCUAUGAACAUAAUUAUAGAAAAUGAUUUGGGAUUCAUGCUGCUUAGUUUGACUAAGGAUGGAAAUGUUUAUGCAAACUUACGUUUGGUAUCAGAUGCAGUCAUAUCUAAUUCAUUCUCUUUUGAUACCUUGCAAGGGAUGGACUAUAGCAGCGCCUUGAUAUGCAGUUUGUAUUUGGUAUGCGUUACUGCAAAAUGUUUUGAGAAUUUUAUUCAGGCUAUUAGGACAAUUGAAAUAUUAUGUGAUUCUAUCAGUGGUUCAGAAACCGACUUUGGAAGUAUGGAGAAAUCUAAACUUUAUGUUACAAAUUUCUCGGUUAUUCUGGUCCUUCUCUCUUCUGGCAUACUCGGAGAUGGAAUUUUCAAUUUGGUUCUAUCAACUCUUCAUAAUGAGCUUGGAUCACAAGUUGCAGGAAUAUCCUUGGAAAAUAAAAAUUUGAAUAGCUUAAAGUCCCUUUUCCCUAGGAUUGGAGAGGAUGAUAUGCCUAAAAUAAAAUGUAUAGGCACACUUGUUAAUUCAUUCUUCACCCUCUUUAGCUUAUCAAGUGAUACAUUCCCUAUUAUAUCCAAAGAGGUGACUAGUGGGAAAAGGUAUGACGGAUUUGUAGAUUUCAUCUGUGUCUUACUUGGGAGUGACUUAAACCGCAAUGUUCUUGAAAGUAUGGUACAAUAUAUUCAAAAUUCGCAAAUUCUUGAGAAAUUACUAUUAGAUUCGUCAUUUGAUUCAAUAUACAAAUUGUGGAUUACAGCAUCUUCCUUGCUUUCAAGCGAAGAUUCAGAUUUCAAUUACAUCGCACUAUUGGCCAUUCACAACAAAGUUGUAAUUUAUAUGAAAAAGAAAGGGAUAUAUGCAUCUAAAUUCUUUGAUAAGGCUUGGUCAAAGGUCGUUUCCACGGUUGUGUCCAAGAAUGUUUCAAAUAACUUUGAUUUAUUCCUAGAGCUAUUCAAGACAUGUCAUUUGUAUUCUCUAGUUAACGGUACUGAAACAAGAAAUUAUGAAUGUAACAUUUUUGGAGUAGCUUCUGGUCUUGUCUUUAGGGCUGUACAUCCUAGCUCUGAACUGUUGCUUCGAUCUCACAUGUCGCAAUUUUUGUGUUCUAUAGGAGUUCCUCUUCCAGUUUCCGACAAAGAUGGUGGUCAAAAUUCAAAGUAUGUGGAAGAAUAUAAUAAAUAUUGUCUGCAUCUCUAUGCAUCACUUCUUUUCCUUCUUCAUGAUGACAAUAAUUCUGUGCGUAUGGAUGCCGCAAUAUGUUGCUCAAAGGCUAUUGAUGAACUUGGGGAAGGAUUACAUCCACUUUCAUGCAUUCCAGAGUGGAUAUACUUUGUUUCAAGGGUAUUUUCUCUCGACAAACUUCUGCUGUUUUUUGAUCAGUUUGCCUUUGUAGACAACACCAUUUACAGGCCAAUAAAUUAUGAUAUUGAACAAUUUGCAAGGGGUAUGCUUGCUGAAAAUGGUAAAAUCACGCCAACUUUGUCAGCCACAAGUUAUAAAGUGGAUAAUGCUAAUCUUUUUAAACUCGCUGAAAUGGAUUGCAUAUUCCACAAAGAACCUUACAACAUGUAUAUGGAAUACUUGGUUUUAAUGACAAGCAUUGACAAGGUAUUGUGCAGUUUGAUAAAGAAGGAAAUGUAUAAUGAGAAGGAGUGGCGUUGCAAAAUCGGAGAAUUUUCAGCAAAUACAGCAAUAAAAUGCCAAAGUAUCCUUAGGAAUCAUGUGAAUGAAAACUACAAGGCAGACGUAGAUUUGGAUCUUGAAACCAUAAAGCACUCGAUUAGUUUGGAUGCAAUUGUAGUGUAUUGUUGUGUGACUGGAUUUUCCAGGUCAUGUAUUUCUGUUUUGGCCUGUCAAUCAAAUGCAAAUCCGGAAAUCUGGAAGGUGCUAAAGAUGUUUGGAAGAAUUUCUGUAUCAAUGAACCAACUUUGGUGUAAACAUGUACAAACUAUCCUCAAUAAAAUUUUAAAGUUGGAGGAUACACAAUGCAGUUGUACGUCGCAAAUUGUAAAUUUGCUGACAAAUCUUGAGCAGUUGUUAGAUUACUUUUAA